GAUAUAAGGCUCGGCGUGGCUGGGGGAAGCAUCGGCCAAGCGACAGCGGAGAACUGAGCCGACAUCCCUCGCUGCGAACCCGCGGAGCACAGCGCCCCUGCGGUUUUGUGACCUUCCAGGUCUGCGGCCCUAGAUGGAGACCAUGCAGGAGCUGAUUCCCUUUGCCAAAGAAAUGUUCAGCCAGAAGCCCAGCAGAAAGAUGGUCAAGAUCUAUAUGCUGGGCAGCGUGCUGGCUUUCUUCGGGGUGGUUAUUAGCCUGGUGGAGACAGUCUGCAGCCCUUUCACCUCUGAAGAGCAGCUACAAGAGGAGGAGGAGGAGAAGAAGAGACCUCCCCUGACCAAAGAGCACACUGUCUCCCAGAAACAGGGGGAUUUGAUCGUGGAGAAGAGCAAAGAGCAGGAUGUAAUGCAGAGGAACUUGGUGAUCAGGCAGCGUGCCUCCUAAGAGACUGCCCAGUCAGUGAUAGGCGUGCACAAGAGACUGCUGACCUGUUUGAUCUCCAGGUGCGGACUCCAGGGAGAAGGGAAUCGACACUGACUGCAGACGCAAGGGACUCUAGAGAAGUGACUAUUAUUUGCUGCCAUGCAGCAGUUCAAAAACGCCACCCGUUGAAUAUGUACCCUUUUGUUGGUAUAAAAAGGUGUAAGGUGUCCGGCAUUUUGCACCAACAUGUGCAUUUUUUAUUAUGAAUAAACUUUACAAAUAUAUUUUGCAUUAUAAAUAAAUAUUUUAUACAUUA